UUAUCUAGUUCCUUGUCCUUCUUCUUGAGAAAUUCCCCAGGCUUAAUAGAAACAGAUCCAAGGCAUGGCCCCAGCCACACAGAGUUCAACAGACAUGUUGACAGACACCUAAUAAGCCUUGCCCAUCGUAUGCUUGCAUCCUACAUGUUGGAAGAGGGAUGGGUCAGGGUGAGACCUUUAUCUGGUGCCAGGGGAGGCGGAAAGUUUCUAUAUAGUGAGCUGGUCUCCAUGUCUGCUUUGGGAAGGACAGGCAACAAGAGGGUCAAAAAGGACUGAAGAGGGAAACGGAUGAAGGUGUCCACUUAAAAAUAGUCACAACCUGAAAGUUCAGAGUUAUGUUUUAUUUAGUGAGAAUUUUUAAGACUUCAGACCCAGAAGACAGCAUCUCAAGUGACACUGAGAGAACUGUUGGGGUGUGGGGGUUGUCAGUCAGGUUAUGUCAAGUCCUGCAACAAGGGGCAGGCAGUCUGAACAUCAAAAGAUUAUUGUUAGUUAAGGAAAACCAGUUAUCUCAAGUUAAGGAAUUUAGCUCUUUUCUAUGUAUGGGAAGAUGCAAGAGCCUGGGCUUACUGAAAGCAUUCUUUUCAUAUGCACCUCAGCUAUCUGGGGGCAGCAUCCUGAGAUUUGAUUUGAUUUGUGAUUUGAUUUUCACAUCCUUAGUUCCUCAAUUGAUGGACCAUAGGGAAUGGCUGCAGCCUGACAGCUGCUGGAUUGCAGGCAUUGUUCUUCCUGGGUGCCCUCUGAGCUCGGAAAUUCACAUUUGGAGGGCCGGACUCGAUGUUGGCCGUGACAUCUUGUUUAAUGAUAUGGUUGGGCUUCCCAGGUGGCACAGUAGUAAAGAAUCCACCUGCCAAAGCAGGAGCUGCAGGAGACCCAGGUUCAAUCCCUGGGUCAGGAAGAUCCCCUGGAGAAAAAAAUGGCAACCCACCCCAGUAUUCUUGCCUGGAGAACGUCAUGGACAGAGGAGCCUGGGGGGCUGCAGUCCAUGGGGUUGCAAAGAGUCAGACACAGCUGAGCAGGCAUGUACCACGACUCCAUUUCUCAGAGGGUUCAAGGCCAAGGACGUGAAAGAUGAGGGACAUGACAGUGUGAAGGCAAUAGUAGGUGUGAAGGCAACAGACCUCAAAGACCUUCUGCCUACAGUCCAGCAAGGCUGGGGACAGAAGGUCCCGGCCACUCGGAGCUCACAGCGCACGUCCAGGCCUCUAUGCACAGGACUGCCCGCUGUGCUCUGCAUGUCGGUCCCUGGCUGGGGUCUCUCCAGAGGGCCUGACCUGGGAGCACGUUGGCCUCCCCGGUCACAGCUGGACCCCAGCAGAAGCAGACUCUUCCCCCAGGACUCCUAUGAUGCGAGCACCCACACCCUCCCAACCGCGGGUCCGCAGCUUCCUCUGGAUCCCUCCCCUCCAGGAGCCAGAAUCCAACAAGAGGCCUGCAGACCCCAAAGGAACACGAGCCACCAGAGGAUGGACUGAGCUGCUUCGGGGUCCCUGCAAGUAGAAGAGGACCCACCCAGAUUCAAGCUGCUGUUUCCCUUGUGGGCAGCAGGGGGCGCUGCUUGCUGCAGUGGGAGCCAGUUACCCACCAAAUUCAGUCCCUCCUCCAACACCCUGUUGGAUAGACACACUCCAUCCCUGCUCCCGCCAGACAGACAGACAGACACACACACACACACACAAUCCAGUUCUCAGCCCACAUGGGCUCACUAUGCCAAGGCCCUACCCCUCAUUCAAAUCAGGCUGAACCACUCACUCUCAGAUGGAGGAGUUAGUCAUCAGGGGCGCUGAUGGGUGAGUGAUGAAAAGGCAAAAGUUGGGGUGCGGGCAAAACAGCUAUGGACCAGUGACCCCACCCCAACAUUUCCAGGAUCACAAAGUGGUGGAUCCCAGGACCAGCUUUAAUUUUGUUGACCAGAGUCUUAGCCCCCCAGGGAGAUGAUCAGGAAUCAAGAAUGUUUAUCUCCCCAUGACAUAGAGUGACUGCAUCCUUCUAACCCAGCUCCAUGCCAGGCCACUGAGCCCUCCCCAACCACCAGGCCCAGAUAGCACCGAAUGGUCACAAGCAACUUUCCAGGCCUGAACCCCAAGUGAUUCUCUGUGCUGUGCUUAGUCAUUCAGUUAUGUCUGACUCUUUGCAACCCCAUGGACUAUAGCCUGCCAGGCUCCUCUGUCCAUGGGAAUUCUCCUGGCGAGAACACUGGAGUGGGUUGCCUUGCCA